GGCACACAAAAUAGUCACUCUGUCAAACCAAAACCAUGCCUGGCCCCUCCUCUCACCGCGACCUCAGUCGCCGGCCCAUGCCCCGAAGCUCCCGCGACUUGACAGUCUACACCCUUCAAGAAAUCGACCAACUCAGAAAAUCUAACGCUACCAUCAAACUAACUCGAGUCCAAGCCAUCAAACUGUUCUUCUGGAACUCGAACCACAACACCGUGUGCUAUCGAAACGGACAGAGUUGGCUGUUCAUGCUUUUAUUUUAUCCGCUUUUCAUCGCCUUGAUUUUGGGUUUGUUCUACGGGAUGAUGUUGAUUAUGAUUACGUGCAUUAAAACGUUCGCCAAGACUCCGGUUAUAAAUAAGAACUCGUUAACGAAGGAACCUUCGUAUAUUUAAGGUAACAAGAAAAGUAAUAAGUGAUUUGAAAUUUUUCUCUGUUGUAUUGGCAACGCUGCUUGUCUUGUCAAAAUACAAAUUUUGAGGUUAUAAUAAAUGUUUUUUGUAAAAAAAAGGCUUGAAUAUUUUCCGAAAAUAGCGCUAGCGAUACUUUAGGUGACGUACUAAGAGUUGCACGAGAGUCAACAGCAGUUCGUUGAUUUGAACCCAAAUCCAGAUUUUGAGGUUAUGUACGUUGAACUAGUAACACCACGAAUGGGCCACUUGAAACAUCAAUAAAUAAUUUUAGGCCAACCAUGGUGUCAAAUCUGGGAUACUCUAACACCACUACUAACUGUCAAGUGUUCCCAUACCCCAUAACACCUCACCCUUCGUUGCAGCGUUUCAACUGUGAAGACUCAAACAUUGAACCGUUUUACUGCAAAUCGUGCAACUUUCAAGCCGAACUAACUGUUCAGUUCAAACAACACAUUGAACAUCGACAUAGAGAAAGUUUUUUUGAAAAAAACUCACUUCAAAGUUACUUUUGUGAAAAAUGUCUAUUUGAAACACACUGUUGCAUCAAACUACUUCAGCACGCCACACAAUGUCUGAAAAAAACGAAAAAUCGUCACACUAUUAACUCUGCUAAAGCUAGACAAGCCAAAAUUAACAAAUGGUACAACUGUGACCAGUGCAAGCGCAAAUACAGGUACAAACGCUGGCUAAAAAGACACCGAUUUUCGGAGCACAUGAACCUGGACGUCAUCCCUUGGUACCAAUGUGGUCACUGCACCUACAAGUGUAAGAAAAAACACUACUUAAAGCGCCACAUCCACUUCAACCAUUUAAACGCAAGCAACAUUAACUGGUUUACGUGUGACCAAUGCCCCUAUAAAACCAAACACAAAGAAUCGUUAAAAAAGCACCAAAUCGCCCGACAUUCCGACGAACGAGUCAUUAAAUGGCACGAAUGCCAACACUGCCUCUACAAAAGCAAAUUCAAAUCAAACUUAGUCAGUCACAUCAACAUGCACCAUUUAGACGAGCGCGAUAUUAAAUGGUACGAAUGCAAGGAGUGCUCAUACAAAGCUAAACAAAAAAUCACUUUAAAAAAUCACGUCAACUCGCACCACUUGAGCGAGCAGGAAAUUAAAUGGUAUGAGUGCAAAAAGUGUCCGCAUAAAGCUAAACAGAAGGGGGCUUUGAAGCGUCACAUAAUCGCGAGGCAUUUGGACGAAGAGGAGGUUAAAUGGUACGAGUGCAAAAUGUGCCCGUAUAGAGCCAAGCAAGGCCGGAGGCUGGAACAUCACAUUAUUGCGCUGCACUUAGACGAACAGGAUAUUACGUGGUAUAGGUGUGAGCAGUGUCCGUACAAAGCCAAAGAUAGUCAGAAUUUGAAAAGACACAUGAAUUCGCGCCAUUUGGACAAGGGGGAUGUUAAAUGGCACGAGUGUGAACGAUGUUCGUAUAAAACUAGGAGAAAGUCGAAUUUGAAGAGGCACACGAAUGCGUAUCAUUUAUAUUGAAGGGGUAUUAAAUUGUGA